UUCUGAAUGCGUGCGUAAAAGGCACGUUUACCGAAACCGGUUGGCUGUGCUGUGUACACACACACACACACACACAAACACACACGCACGCACACAUCCACAUCCACUCGAACCGGUGGAUGAACUUCAGCUGGAUAAUGGAUUAACGCAUCAGACAGACAGCAAAAACGCACAGCAUACUAUGAACUCCAGAUGCCAAUGUAUUGGAAGAAAACACCCACCCACGACGGAAUGACUCACAGUUUAAAGUAGUUGAAUAAGCAAGCGCCGGUGCGGACGGGGAGAUUCUGCGUGGGGUACUUGACUUCUUUCUGGUACUUAAAGCUCUUCCAACUGUGGUUUUUAUGGGGAAGAGAAGCGUUGAGCUCGACCCGCCACACGGACUGACAGUUGCUGCGCGAGGCGCUGGUGCCAGAUAUGGAUAGCGCGCGGGAUACCUCUGGACGCUGGUGCGCAUCUUCAUAAAGUGCGACACUUCGAGACUGACGAGGCCUAAAACUUCAAUUGUCCUGAGUCAAAGUUGCUGACAAACGGAGGACGGGCAGAACGCAGUCGCUUCAUUUGAACUAACAAGCUCAUUUAGGGAGAAUCGUUAGAGAAAAGCCUCCAGAGUACUUUUACAAAUCUUCACAGGAAGCUUUAAAGUAGAGAAGAUGCGUCAAGAGGUCGCGUGGAGAUUUCAGAUGCUGCUUGUGAUUUGGUCAACACUUCUCGUUAGUUUGGUGACCGGGUUUCCUACCAGACACAAGAAUGUUGGCCACAAGGCUCAUGGCCACCCGACUCACAGCGGUGGGGUCCAUUAUGUCCCUGAGGCUUUGGAGCAGCAGAACCAGGUCCAGAGUCUCCUGCCUGAGCCCCACAGCCACCAGAGAAGGUGGUCCCACCCCCAGCACCGCUCAGUUGGUGUUCUUCCACAGCCUGAGCCUGAGGAGGAGACCAAACCCUUCAUCCUGGAUCUCAAGAACUUUCCAGACCUGGCCAAUGCUGACAUCAACUCGCAGAACCCCAACAUACAGGUAACCAUUGAGGUGGUGGACGACCCCCAGAUGGAGGUAGAGAUGGACCUGGCCAAGGAAAAAGACUGGCUACCCUCCUCUUCCUCCUCCCCCUCUUCCACAGUAGAUUGGCUCGGAGGCAAGAAGCUUUUCUGGCCCCUUUUCUGGAGUUACACCGACGCCGAUUCCAGCGAGGACAGCAACAGCCGGUCAGGCGUGGAGGAAACUGGCGAGGAAGAGGAGGAGGAAGAUUACUCCCUGGAUUAUGGCAGCGAGGAGCCCUUACCCAGCGGAGUGGGUGGAGACUGGGAUACGCAUUGGAAUGAAGGCUGGGAUCCAGUGCAGAGCUACUAUGAGAAGGAGACAGAUGAAUGGACACCCUGGUCUCCCUGUUCAGUGACAUGUGGACACGGUGAGAGGAAGAGGACCAAGUCCUGUGGCUACUCCUGCACUCUGACAGAAGCCUCUAAGUGUGACCUGGAGCCUUGUCUGGGUGAUGUCAACACUGUUGUAGAGCCUUUCCCUUUCGAGAUGGAGAAUGGCACAGAGCCAUUUGGGACAGAUUUGGACAGCUGUGAGAAGUGGCUCAACUGUAAGAGUGAGUUCCUCCAGAGGUACCUCCACCAGGUCUUGUCUGAGCUGCCCAGCUGCCCCUGCUCCUACCCCUCUGAAGUAGCGUACACUGUGGUCAGUGUCUACGAUGACACUCAUGGCCGGCAGUUCCGCUGGCGUGAUGCCAGCGGCCCCAAGGAGCGCCUGGAUAUCUACAAGCCAUCAGCGCGUAGCUGCAUCCGCUCAGCACUUUCCGGCGACUCAUCUACUCUCGCAGCACAGCACUGUUGUUACGACGAUCGUGGGCGGCUGAUCACGAGGGGGAAAGGCGCAGGCACGCCUAACCUGAUCAGUACUGAGUUCUCACCUGAGCUGCACUUCAAAGUAGAUGUGCUGCCUUGGAUCCUGUGCAAGGGAGACUGGAGCCGCUUCCAUGCGGUGCGGCCACCCAAUAAUGGAUUGAGCUGCCCAGAAAACCCCCAUGAAGACGUGUUCAUGAAUGAACUGGAAGAGGCCAGGGAGUACUGAGGGACCACAGCCAAAACUACCACUUCACUCAGAGAGUCAGAGGGCCCAAUCCUAAUUUGAGAGGAGACUGCUUUGAGAGGGGUCAUGAAAUAUUACAUCUAAACCAUGCAUCAUGCGUUAACCAUGCAGUGACUGAGAGGAAAUGCACAUUUGUGAUUGGGAGAUUUGUGGGGUUUAGGGAUGAUGGUGAAGUGUGGCUGUCUCAAGUUAGGAUUUGGCACAGUGUCCUGAUAUCAGGCUUGACUGAACUGAAUUGCAAGAAUGGAAAAAAAAAUGCAGUGUUCUCCCAUCGCUUGCCAACCUGUUCCACAUCUGGCAUGACAUCAAGCUCUCUCUCUCUUUAUAUUCAGUACACUCUCCUGGGUGCGUGUAAGCAUGAUGUCUACCUACUGGCUUUUCUGAUGGUGUCCUGGAGCGCUUGUGAUUGACAAUAGCAACAUAUGGUAAACAUCCUGAUCAUGCUUCUUGUAGGUUUUACAUUAGGAAAUGUAUGAAUGUGGGCUGGUUAUGUUGAUGAAACAAACACAUGCAUGGGAAGAGUCCAACUGAUGAAUAUCCCAACUAUGCUGCUACAAUAUAAAAUCCUUCAGGUUUUACAAAGGUGUUAAGGGGAACAAGACAACAGGACAUCAGAAGACCCAAAAGAUGCCACCUGCAUUCACAGUAAUGUACAUUUCAGCCAAUCUUUUGGGACACUAAAACUGGUAAAGAAUUUGGGAUCUCAACCAGAGGUAAGCUAAAAGGAUUUGAAACAUGCUGUCAUUAUCGAGCUUGCUAGUGAGAAUUAUGAGAAUAGCACAUAAGCAGUAAUGGUACGGGAACAGCACAUUUGAUUUCAAAUGUUUUGUCACACAGAUUGAUUUUAUGUGUUUCCUCAUAUUUCCACAGCCAGGAAGAUAUAUGAUCUGGGUGCCAAAGAGUUAAAAAUCAGACUGUUGGUGCCUGUGUAAAUCCAGCCUCCUAAGUCUCCAUGGUGCAAAUGUAGGAAAAAAUUAAGUUCUACAGCGAAUAGAUUGUGCUCAUAGAUGUGUCUCUACAAUGUUCUCAGGGGGACUAACUGACCAUGACAAACAAAUUUGUUCAUUUACCUCGUCAGCGGAGCACUAUUGGAACUAGUACAAAGUGUAUUGGGGUAAAGAUUAGUAGGCGUAUUGGAUGUGUAAUCCAGAUUGGAAUUGAUGAACAGAUAAUGCUUUCAGAAAGCAAUUGGAACCCUUAUAACUGAAAAGUUGUUGUUGAUGCAUUGUGUGUGGUAGAAAGAUGUCAUUGCUGUUUAAGCUGCUGGCUUAGGGUCUUUGGGUUUAUAUACAGAACUUGACUGGAUAGAAAGGACAUUCGUACUCAAGUCAUUCCCGAGAGGUCAUGCAGUUGGAGCCCUUAUCCUGGCUAACAUAGAAUGCAAGGAAAGGCAACAUGGAAGUAGUAGCCAUUAGCAAAUAUUUUAGCCUUUCAUCAUUAGGUAUAGUGCACAGGAUUGAAAAGACUGAUGUUUAACCAUAAUCAUUAUCGUUUUUAGCAUUGUAGCAGCUGUGUUAAAAUUCUGCACCUCCGUCAAGAAAAUGUGGCAGUAAUCUUAAUUUUACUUAGAAAUACCUUAAAACUCAAGCCCUUUCUAUCCAGUCUAAUUCUAUGGAUGUUCGCUCCAAACCUUUUUUCAGGAAUUCUGCUUCCAGAUGUUUUAAUGUGAACACGCAUUUACAUUUUGGAAUCACCGAUUUUAAAGGAAGGCACUUUAUUUAAGGUAUAUAUAUAUAUAUAUACAAAAGAUAUAUCAAAAUGUACUCAUGUUUGCCAUUUGUUGAUGAUAGUGUUAUUGUGACAGGAAACUCGCCAGAAAUGCUGCAUUGUUCUAUGAAAGUGCAUAUAUCAAGUGUUCUGUUGAGGAAAGCAUGAUCUUUUUGUGAUUUCUGAAUCUAGUAUUACAUAUAUGGUGUUGUACAGUAUUUAUUUGUCUGUUCUCUUUUUUUAAGUUUGCUGAAGCUUUGAAAUGUCUCUAUACUCAACAUGGUGCACUAAUCGGACUGAGAAAUGAAGGCACCCAUUAUCAAAAGGGAAACCACUUUCUUCAUAUCACUUCAUACAGUAACAUCAAGUGUCUGUGUUUCAUUCUACUUUGUACUGCAGUGCUCUAUGAAUAUGUUGUUGCAAUUAUGCUGAAGAAAUAUAUAAAGACCUUGCAUUCAU